CCCGCCCUCAGGCCGCCGGCUCAGUUGACUGCGCCGGCAGUUUGUUGCAAACCCGGAAGCAGAUCUCUUGGAGUGAAGGCUGUUCGUCGCCGCGUAGAACCCUGGAAGAAGAGGAAGAGGAAAGCAAAGGAGUCAGGGAUGGCUCUUCCUCAGAUACCUCUUGUAAAUGUGUAAACAAGGAUUUGCCAUCAAAGGGGAAGAGCAAUAUGAGAGAAGCAUUCUACACGGUGAAGUUGGAGAGACUUGAAAGCCAUGACACUGAAGGCUUGUCCUUCCAGGAAGUUCAGAAAAAUACAUAUGACUUUGAGUGUCAGUGGAAAGAUCACGAAGGAAAUUAUAAAAGAGUACUUACGUUGCAAAAAGAAAAUCUCCCUGGUAGAAGAGAUAAAUGUGACAGAAGGGCUGCAGGAAACAGGCUUAUUGAAAAUCAGCUAGGAGUAAGCUUUCAGUCACAUCUGCCUGAACUGCGGCAAUUUCAAGGUGAAGGGAAAAUUUAUGAAUACAAUCAAGUUGAGAAGUCUUUUAAUAAUCGAGGAAAACAUUAUAAAUGUGAUGAAUGUGGCAAGGUCUUCAAUCAAAACUCACGGCUAACAAGUCAUAAGAGAAUUCAUACUGGAGAGAAGCCUUACCAGUGUAAUGAGUGUGGCAAAGCCUUUACUGUUCGUUCAAACCUAACAAUCCAUCAGGUAAUCCAUACUGGAGAAAAACCUUACAAAUGUAAUGAAUGUGGGAAAGUCUUCAGUCAACCUUCAAACCUUGCAGGUCAUCAGAGAAUUCAUACUGGAGAGAAACCUUACAAGUGUAAUGAGUGUGGCAAAGCCUUUAGAGCACAUUAAACUACACAUCAGUUUAUCCAUACUGGAGAAAAACCUUACAAAUGUAAGGAAUGUGGCAAGUGCUUCACUCAAAAUUCACACCUUGCAAGUCAUCGAAGAAUUCAUACUGGGGAGAAGCCUUACAAGUGUAAUGAGUGUGGCAAAGCCUUUAGUGUUCGCUCAAGCCUAACUACCCAUCAGACAAUCCACACUGGAGAAAAACCUUACAAACGUAAUGAAUGUGGCAAAGUCUUCAGGCACAAUUCAUACCUUGCAAAGCAUUGGCGAAUUCAUACUGGUGAGAAACCUUACAAGUGUAAUGAGUGUGGGAAAGCCUUCAGUAUGCAUUCAAACUUAACUAAGCAUCAGAUCAUCCAUACCGGAGAAAAACCUUUCAAAUGUAAUGAAUGCAUCAAGGUUUUCACUCAGUAUUCACACUUAGCAAAUCAUCAAAGAAUUCACACUGGAGAGAAACCUUACAGGUGUGAUGAGUGCGGCAAAGCCUUUAGUGUGCAAUCAAGCCUAACUACCCAUCAGGCAAUUCAUGCUGGAGAAAAGCCUUACAAAUGUAAUGACUGCGGUAAGGUCUUCACACAAAAUUCACACCUUGCAAGUCAUCGGGGAAUUCAUUCUGGAGAGAAACCUUACAAGUGUGAUGAAUGUGGUAAAGCCUUCAGUCAAACAUCACAACUUGCAAGGCAUUGGAGAGUUCAUACUGGAGAAAAACCUUACAAGUGUAAUGAGUGUAGCAAAGCCUUUAGUGUUUAUUCAAGCCUAACUAUCCAUCAGACAAUACAUACUGGACAAAAACCAUACAAAUGUAAUGAUUGCGGCAAGGUCUUCAGGCAAAAUUCAUACCUUGCAAAUCAUCAGAGAAUUCACACUGGAAUUCCUGGAUCCAAUCGCUGUGCCCCGUGGAUUCUCCAUUAACAUCCCAGUUCCCAGACCGAGAUCCCGGAUUCCCAGAUCCCCGUUCCUGAGCUGCAGGAGACUCCCUAGCAGAACUGGGUCCAACCCGCCGGCAAACAAUUUUAACAUAAACCGUUUUCAACUUGGUAAGAGGAAAUCAUUUUGGUUUCUAUCGUAAGUGGUCCACGUUAAGUCUAUUCUUUCACCUUAAAACUGCUUCAAAUUGGAACGCUGCUCCCGGGGACAUGGUGAACACUCCAGCGUUUCCAAACCGGGAAAAAUGAGACUGCGGGCUAGGGAGGCUGAGGGAAGCGCAGACCCCGCCCCGGCUCCGCCCCAGCGUUUCGUCCACAGACCCCGCCUCUCCCCAGG